UUUCUAAUCUAGAAUCAAGUACAGCAAUCAAGAUAAUUAAUACCGAGGAAUUAAUUAAUACUGAGAUUCUUCUAUCUUUAUAUACUUAUGAACUUUUGUAAUUUUUUUCCCGCAUUUUUUUGUAUUCUCUCACAAGUCAGGGCAAAGCUAGUAAUUAUUAAUAUUAACAUGUUUAAAUAUUUAAUAGUUCUUGGUUAUGUAAACAUGAACAAAUUGGAGUGUUUAAACAGUCCCGGGUAUCAGCUUAGAGCCUUUUAUCAGGCAGAACCAGCAACAUGAUUUUAAUCCUUCUCAUGUUGUACAAUGCAAGGUUGUUAGAAGCUGUUGACAGCAGUUUGUUUCUCCAAGAAAUGGUUCCUGUGUCAAAUCUUGUCGUAUUUGAGGAACCAGAUUAUGUGGAGUCGGCUCUGGUUUGCAGUUUCAUGUGUUUAGAGAAAAAUGAAAAAUGUUUCCUGGUUUGUAUUCCAGGAUAUGUUCCUGAGUUCUUCAGAGGUUUGUAUUGCAACCACAAAUCAGCUAAUGCUGAAUGGGAUAAACCUUUAGAUGGGUUUAAGUGUUUACCGACUACUCUGGUAGUUACUGGAGGAUGGCAAUUUCCUACGUAUAACGAAGUCUAUACUAUUGGUCUAUUUAGUAUAACCAAGUCUAUACUAUUGGAUGUUGAUGGGGAGGAGGUGUUUGUUGUUGCUGGAGGAGACACUGUUCUUGCAUCAAGUAAGAUCAAUUGUUUCGCUACUUAG